AUGACUUCAUCAAUAAAUAGGAACGGCAAAAAAUCAUAUCCGAGUAUUUUGAGCCGUGAUAAAAGCCAUAACACUGACAUAGAAGAUUACGAAUCGCAAAAUACUGGUCUAAAGGAUAAUGUGAAAACGAAUUCUCCAUGGAUUGAGGUUCAUAAGAUUGCCGUUCAGCUUCUUAACUCAAACAAAGAUCAGACAUUUGAAAUAUAUGGCACCCAUGAGGCUUACGAUCUGAAUGCUGAAGAAAAAUCAUAUUAUGGACUCUCUGACAUUGAGGAGGUUGCUCUUAAAGCUAUUGAUGACAUUUCAGACGAACUCAGAGAAAUAAGUCUAGAAACUAUUGCAGAUGUAAAAGUUAACAAUCCAAUCGCCAAACGUUAUGAAAAAUAUUUAACCACGAAAUUCAAUCUUGAAUUUCCGUCAAAAGAAGAGCAAUUGUUAAUUCCAUCUGGAUCAACAGAUCAGGGAAAUGUGACGUACACUGUUCCCGGAUUUCAUCCAUUUUAUAAUAUCCAUCCACCACCAGGUGAAAGUAAUCACACUCCAGGAUUUACAAAACAAGCUAGAACUGAAUUAGCACACACUGAAACCUUAAAAGCAACAAAGGGCAUAACUUUAGUUG